UGGGCCGCCCCGGUUCCCGGCAGCCCCCGCGGCGGCGGCGGCUGAAGGUGAGCCGGGCCGUCAUGGCGUUCUCGGCGCCGGCCGCGUACCUGACGCACCAGCAGAAGGUGCUGCGGCUCUACAAGCGGGCGCUGCGCCACCUGGAGUCGUGGUGCAUCCACAGGGACAAGUACCGGUACUUCGCGUGUCUGAUGCGCGCCCGGUUUGAUGAGCACAAGAAUGAAAAGGAUAUGAUGAAGGCCACCCAGCUGCUCAGGGCGGCAGAGGAAGAAUUCUGGCACUGGCAGCACCCGCAGCCCUACAUCUUCCCCGACUCACCUGGGGGCACCUCCUUCGAGAGAUAUGAGUGCUACAAGGUUCCUGACUGGUGCUUAGAUGACUGGCACCCCUCUGAGAAGGCCAUGUAUCCUGAUUACUUUGCCAAGAGAGAGCAGUGGAAGAAAUUGCGGAAGGAAAGCUGGGAACGAGAAAUUAAGCAACUGCAGGAGGAAACCCCAGCGGGCGGUCCAAGAACGGAAGCUCUGCCCCCCGCGAGGAAGCAAGGCGAUUUGCCUCCACUGUGGUGGCACAUCGUGACCAGGCCCCGGGAGCGGCCCAUGUAGAGGACUGCGCCUCCCCAGCCGUGCUGGCAAGUGGAGGAAGCUGCACCAUGCACAUACACACUUGCCCUAAUAAAAAUUACCUAACGUG